AUGUUCAUGUCGCAAUUUCUUGGUAAAGUUCUCCUGAUUCUAUCUGUGCUAGUAAGCGGGAGAAUAUUCUUAGAAUACACUGGUAUAGCUGCCCCAUCGUCAAACGGUUCCAGCAAGUACAGCACAGAUUUGACACAAACAUCAAAUUCUGCAUCCGGAGUCUCGUCUAACGAUGUGACGAUUGCCGGAGAUGGGGCGAAUUCAGAG